AAAACCCCAAAUGAAGAGAAACUGAAAGUGGCAACACUGAUUAAAAAUGUCACCACGUCUUAAAAUAUCAAAAUAUGUUAUUGAGCGGCUAUCUAAGAUUGAUACGAAUGAGCCUACAGGAUGUCUGUUCGGUCUCAUGUACGACAGCACUUUACUCGUUGUGGGACUUAGCUUAGAAUUCUUUGAAAAUGGACAGAAAACAUACAGACAACUUCUUCUUAAUUUGCCCGCCGAAAUAGAGUUAUGUGGUGUUAUAAAAUUCAGCGAAACUUUGUCCGUAGAAUCUAAACCUAAGGAAAUAUUUCAGGAUGUAGACAUAACGGACAAUCCUCUUUUUAUUGUAUUAAAUAAGAAUAAAACGAUAAAAGCACAUUUUUUGGUGCAUGACAAAUUUGAAGAAACAAGCUAUGAAGUGUUGCAGCCUGAUGAACUGUGGAAGCAGUUUAUUCAUGUGCGCCUGAACACUGUACUGCCUUUACAAUGUGAAGCAACAAUUGCAGGGGUCAAAAAUAUUAUGCAAAAUAAGAGGAAAAAGAUAGCAUCUGGGCAAGUGUCAUUUCAUAUAGAUGGGACCUCAAUAUACUUAUUUGGAAUAGCCUCAGAUGUUGGGGUGACUGGUACAAGUACUGAAGCUAAUAUAGGAGAGCUAAUGGACUCAUUUGGGUCAGAACAAACUUCCAAAAAGAAAAAACACAGUUUAAAUAAAGUGGAAAUUGUUCCUGUCAACUUAGUACUGAAGGCAACAAAAGACAUGUUAUCAGAUAAGCUUGUUAAAACAGCUGUGAAGAUGAUGACUACACAGAGAAAACCUUCAUUUUAUAUCAGUAUGCCCCUACGAGUGGAUACUUUGGCCAUGGUACACAGAAACACAAAACUGUCAGAGCUGUAUACUGUCCUGGUUGAGGCGGCUUGCAGGUCUCUCAGACUACUGGAAUGCGUCUUGUUGGAGCAACUUGGUCAAGAAGGUAUUGGGGAUGGAGCAGGAUUACGAUUACCUGAAACUUUCCAUUUUCUACCUCCAGAGAUUGGUCACUUUAUCACAAGAAUUGUACCUAAAGGCAUACCUGAUGAAAGCAUGGAAAGGGAAAGGCGGUCGCUGCACGAGCAGCUGUGUUUGCCACUAGACAGACCUAUGUUCCGAAGGGGGAACGCAUAUCCGUCAAAUAGUGCGAAACUGAUAAACCCGCACGAAGCGUUGCCACCGCAGCCGCUCAAACCUGAUGUCACAGUGGCUGUGGUGCGCGGGCGCUACUCCUACCACCACUACAUGCAAGACAACUUCAACGAUGACGGUUGGGGCUGUGCCUACCGCUCAAUGCAAACUAUAUUUUCCUGGUUCAGGUUUCAAGGAUAUAGUACAAUUGAUGUGCCAACUCACAGAGAUAUCCAACAGUGCCUUGUCAAUAUUGGCGAUAAGCCAUCCUCGUUUUUAGGUUCUAAGCAAUGGAUCGGAUCUACGGAAGUGAUGUUUUGUUUGGAAACCCUGUUGGGUGUACAGUCUAGAAUUAUUUUUGCCAACACAGGCUCAGAAUUGCUCAGCUAUACACCAGAACUUGUACAUCAUUUUGAACGACAUGGAAGCCCAAUCAUGAUAGGUGGCGGCGUCCUAGCACAUACAAUACUAGGCGUAGAAUACAACAGCGUGACAAACGAGACCCGGUACCUCAUUCUCGACCCGCACUACACGGGCGCAGACGACAUUAGCGUCGUCAUCGGCAAGGGUUGGUGCGGCUGGAAGAAUUCCGACUUUUGGAACAAAACGGCGCACUAUAACCUAUGCCUACCGCAGACUAAACCAGCCAUAUAAAGUUUUCAAAUAAAUUACCCGUUCAGAGCUAUUUCAGAUACCGAAACCAAAAGAUUAGCCAUCCGCGCGCGCCGAUACUUGACUGUUUAAAAUACAGUAUCUGGCAGUUGCACUCAAAAUUUAGAAAUAGAUAAUGGUCUCGUAGAUUAUUGUCUCUGUCGUUGAGGCCGUCUAAACGUCGCAGGUAUGAGUGAUACAGAUGACAAGCUCUACGAAGCAGAAAUCUCUUGCAAAAGUUCGAAUGCCGGAAUUUCCUGCCGGGUGCUAUACAUCAAUGUGUUGCUAUUUGACCGUAUAGCUGUUAUAUUCUAGGAUAUAACAGCUAUACGGUGACCGUGCGUUUCGGAAGUAAAAUAAUGGUGUAUUUGAACUAGCGUAUCCUGCGUACCUGUACGCUCACCGCGCCAGUCUGAACAAAGUCAAUUUUAGCGCGGUUUAAAUCGCACGGUUAGCAUUCACGCGUUUUCUGCAAGUCUGAACUAGCCCUCUAUUUAGCAUUAUACCCAUUAUAGUGUGUGCAGCAGCCUAUAAAAUUCAGCGUACGAAAACUAAUUUUUAGGGUUCCGUACCUCAAAAUGUAGUACGGAACCCUCGGUGCGCCAGUCCCACUCGUACUUGGCCGGUUUUUUUCUACCAUGGUUUUAGGCUUCCGUACCCGAAGGUUGCUAAAUGGGAGGGCCAUUACUAAAGCCUCCGCUGUCCGUCCGUCUGUCAGUCAGCUGGCUGUAUCUCAUGAACCGUAAUAGGUAGGGAAAUGAAGUUUUGACAAUUUUGCCGCUAUAAUAACAAAUAAUAAAGAUUUCAAAAUGGCCAUACAAAUUAAAAAGUUAUAUCUUGUAUGAUGGUACGGGAGCCUCUUGUGCAAGUCCAACUCGCCGUACAUUUUUUACUCCAAAUUUUAUUUAUCUGUUUGUCAUCUUUUUAACCAGUCUAAAAAUACUAACACUAAAAUGUAAGAAUGUAACUAACAACAACUUGAAAAAGAUUCCACCUUGCAUUUAUCAUUGAUAUUGGCUACUGAAUUUGCUGUUUAAAAUAUAAAAUCGCUGCAAUGGCAUUUCAAGUAAAGUUCGCGACAGGUCGACAUGGCAAUCGGGCCAUCGGGGUAUCGGAUGAGUUUUAGGGGAAGACGCACAGCGGGUGUGUGGGGCGUCCCCACCCCGAUUGCGAUGUCUAUCUGUCGCUAACUAUAGGUACCUUAUAUUAAAAUCUAAUAAAAUGCUCUUUAUUAGUCGCACGCUAGUUGAGUAAUUGUAAUAUUUUUAUCGAUCACUGAUUUUAUAAUCCAGAUUUUGGCAUAAAACAUAUUAUUUUAUUGUAUAAUUUAAAUGCUGGCUUUUAUAAUUAUAUUAUUGUGGAAGACUGGUUAGGUUGUGUAAAGG